AUGUCCGCCGCAUUCGCCGCUGGCACGUGUCAGCUGACGUGGCGCACGGUUUCUUCUGCUGCGUCUUCAGAAGCGCGCGAAAGUGCUUCGCGGCUCGCUAGACACGGCCAGGGAGCUCGGGUUCGGUGUAGCGGGUGGAAGGGAAACACGUGGCGACUCAGGAGUGGCAAAGAGGCCUCCGGGAGAUGGAAUGGCGACGGGAAAAGGACUCGCGUGGCGCGGUUACGAGCAGGCCUGGAUGACCAGCCAGGUCCCACCUCGCCCAUGCAAGGGCAGACGCGGAGGCAGCUGCUGGUGGAGUAUGUGAGGGGCGUGCAGCCCGACUUCAUGGAGAAAUUCUUCCAACACGCCGAGCCGCAGUUGGUGGAUGCGAUGAGACAGACUGUGAGCAACAUGCUGGGGUCGCUGCCGCCGCAGUAUUUUGAAGUCACCGUCACAACGGUGGGGGAGAAUCUUGCGCAGCUGAUGUUUAGCGUGAUGAUGACGGGUUACAUGUUCCGCAACGCACAGUACCGCCUCGAACUCUCCUCCUCCUUCGCUGGCGCCGUCGCCCUCCCUGCUGCCUCCUCCACCUCCUCCCCUACCUCUCCUACCUCUCUCCCAUCCUCCUUCCCUCCUCACAUCCCUUCCUCUUCUUCCUCCACUUCCUCCUCCUCGGUUCAACCACUACCAGCGUCGUCAGCCUUUACGUCUUCAGACAGACAGAGGGGGAGCAGCAGCGGCAGCAGCAGUGGCAGUGACUCGGAAUCUGGCUCGUGGCCUCCCAGUGACAACGCCUUACCUCUGGGUCCGGUCCAGAAGACGCACGUGGCAGGCGAGGUGCUUCGGUGGGACGCCGAGGCUGAGCGGGUGGUUCGGGUGCCGGCAGUGGACUAUGUGGAGCUGCUGGAGGGGGAGGUUCGGGCAUUAAAGAGAAGAUUGGAGGAGGAGGAGGCGAGACUGGCACGAGUGGGGGCCGGGGGAGGAGGCAGUGGGAAUGCGCUUUUGGAAUACCUCAAGAGAUUGGAACCGCAGAAUAUACAGGAGCUGACAGCCAGUGCUGAUGACGAUGCACUGGCAGCCAUGAAUGCGUUCAUCCAACGGCUGUUAGGCGUUCCUGAUGUUGGGGAGAUCAAGUCCGUGGCAUCAGAGACUACAGUGACCGAGCUGGCAAAGCUGCUCUAUUGGCUCAUGGUGGUCGGCUACACAAUCAUGGGUUCAAGCACUGCGUCUCUGAGGAGGCUCGAAAAGUCUUUCCUUCCGUUUCUGUUUCUGUCACUGCUGCUGGCGUUCGGCAUGAUGGCGUGUGCACCAGCAGAGGCAGCACGGGUGUUGAAGGCGAAUCUGGUCAACCCGAAUGGACCAACCUCCGCACACAAUGCGCUUCAAUCCCCAGCAUCUGACCAGUUUUCUCCUGUCCCAGCAGCUGAGCAUCCGCCUCCUGUCCAAACAGCCGUGGGAUCUGAGCCGUCAGAUGGCUCCGCUGCUGUGACAUCUGAGCCGUCCAUCGACCCCCUGGUCGUUGUGUCUGCUGUGAAUGGUGGUGAUGAGGAGGCAGGCAAUGAGCCGGAUGGAGCUGAUUCCAGCGCUGCUGCUGCCGCUCCUGUUCCAACCUCCUGGUUGAGGCCGGCACAGAUGCCCAACGAUCAUGGUCCCUACCCUCUGGAGACCGAUCCCUUACCGGCUGUGGGAUCAGGGGAGGAGCCUCCAGAAGGCAAUGAGGAUGGGCUUGUGCCAGAAGUUUACGUCGCUCUGCCAGAAGAAGCGGCGCCUGCGGAGGCUCCAGCAGGAUCCCAGGGCGUUGCACCCACGCCUGGUGCCGCUGAGUCGAGUGCUCCUGCUCCUGCUGCUGUUCCAAGUGCCUGGCUGAGACCGGCACUGGUGCUCAUUGACCCUCAAAUGCCCAACGACCCUCAGCCUAACGACCAUGGUCCCUUCCUCCUGGGGACCGAUCCCAUGCCAGCUGUGGGAUCAGAGGAGGAGGCUCCAGCGGGGAAUGAGGAUGUGCUUGUGCCAGAGAUUUACGUUGCUCUGCCAGAAGAAGCAGCACCUGGGGAGGCUCCAGCAGGGUCGCAGGGUGUUGCACCCAUGCCUGAUGGUGCUGAUUCCGGUGGUUCUGGUCCUGUUCCAAGUGCCUGGUUGAGGCAGGCAAAGGUUAAAGGUGACCAUCAGGUGCCGAAUGGUGAUCAGGUGCCGAAUGACCAUGGUCCCUACCUUCUGGGGACUGGUGCUGCCAUUCCAGCUGUGGGUUCAGAGGAGGAGGCUCCAGCAGGCAAUGAGAAUGAACUUCUGCCAGCCGUUCUUGUCCCUCAGCCGGAGGAAGCAGCACCUGGGGAGGCGCCAGCAGGCAAUGAGGAUGUGCUUAUGCCAGAGAUUUACGUUGCUCUGCCAGAAGAAGCAGCACCUGGGGAGGCUGCAGCAGCAGGAUCCCAGGGUGUUGCACCCAUGCCUGAUGGUGCUGAUUCCGGUGGUUCUGGUCCUGUUCCAAGUGCCUGGUUGAGGCAGGCAAAGGUUAAAGGUGACCAUCAGGUGGCAAAUGACGAUCAGGUGCCGAAUGACCAUGGUCCCUACCUUCUGGGGACUGAUGCUGCCAUUCCAGCUGUGGGCUCAGCAGGCAAUGAGGAUGUGCUUGUGCCAGAGAUUGACGUUGCUCUGCCAGAAGAAGCAGCACCUGGGGAGGCGCCAGCAACAGGAUCCCAGGGUGUUGCACCCAUGCCUGAUGGUGCUGAUUCCGGUGGUUCUGGUCCUGUUCCAAGUGCCUGGUUGAGGCAGGCAAAGGUUAAAGGUGACCAUCAGGUGGCAAAUGACGAUCAGGUGCCGAAUGACCAUGGUCCCUACCUUCUGGGGACUGAUGCUGCCAUUCCAGCUGUGGGCUCAGCAGGCAAUGAGGAUGUGCUUGUGCCAGAGAUUGACGUUGCUCUGCCAGAAGAAGCAGCACCUGGGGAGGCGCCAGCAACAGGAUCCCAGGGUGUUGCACCCAUGCCUGAUGGUGCUGAUUCCGGUGGUUCUGGUCCUGUUCUAAGUGCCUGGUUGAGGCAGGCAAAGGUUAAAGGUGACCAUCAGGUGGCAAAUGACGAUCAGGUGCCGAAUGACCAUGGUCCCUACCUUCUGGGGACUGAUGCUGCCAUUCCAGCUGUGGGCUCAGCAGGCAAUGAGGAUGUGCUUGUGCCAGAGAUUUACGUUGCUCUGCCAGAAGAAGCAGCACCUGGGGAGGCGCCAGCAACAGGAUCCCAGGGUGUUGCACCCAUGCCUGAUGGUGCUGAAUCCAGUGCCCUUGUUCCUAUUCCAAAUGACCAUGGUCCCUACCUUUUGGGAGUUGAUUCAACUGUCGGUUCGGAGCAGGAGGCUACAGUAGGAGAGGAGCAGGCACUGUUGAAAAUGCCAGCUGUUAUAGUCCCUCUGCCAGAGGAAAAUGCACCAGGAGAGGCUGCAGCAGGCUCCCAGGUUGUUCCACCAGAGAAUUAG